AUAAGAAAAAACACACUCCCUCUGCUCUUUCCUGAGGAAGAAGGACCAGGCACUGUUGCUCUCCUCCUGGGCUCAGGGUGCACAUCCCCAGGCCAGGAGGUCUGGCUCCGAGCUCCACCAUGGCUGCCACCACCUCCCCUCUGCCAGUCACCACCCAAGUUGCCAGUUCCGAGAACAGCAGCUCCUUCUAUGACUAUGAGUACUACCUGGACGAGCUGGACUUCAUGAUCUGUAGGAAGGAUGAGGUGCUGUCCUUCGGCAAAAUAUUCCUGCCCAUCUUCUAUAGCCUUAUCUUCGUGCUGGGCCUGGGCGGAAACUUACUUCUCCUCAUCAUCUUGCUCCGCUAUGUGCCUCGAAGGCGGAUGACCGAGGUCUACCUGAUGAACCUGGCCAUCUCCAACCUCCUGUUUGUGGUGACGCUGCCCUUCUGGGGCACCUCUGUAGCCUGGCAUUGGGUCUUUGGCAAUUUCUUGUGCAAGAUGGUAAGCACCCUCUACACCAUUAACUUCUACAGUGGCAUCUUCUUCAUUAGCUGCAUGAGCCGGGACAAGUACCUGGAGAUUGUUCACGCUCAGCCCCACCACAGGCUGAGGACCCGGGCUAAGAGCCUGCUCCUUGCUGCCAUGGUGUGGGCUGUGGCCCUGGUUGUCUCCAUCCCAGACAUGGUCUUUGUGCGGACACACGAAUACCCCACAGGUGUGUGGAGCUGUUAUCCGGAUUUCGGAGGGCACGCGACCACCUGGAAGCUCUUCCUCCGCUGCCAGCAGAGCCUCCUGGGGUUCCUCCUUCCACUCUUUGUCAUGAUCUUCUUCUACUCCCGAAUUGGCUGUGUCCUGAUCAGGCUGAAGCCCCCAGGCCAGGGCCGGGCUCUGAGGAUCACGAUCGCCCUCGUGGUGGCCUUCUUCGUGCUCUGGUUCCCGUACAACCUCACCUUGUUUCUGCACUCACUGCUGGACCUGCAAGUCUUUGGGGACUGCAAGGUCAGCCAGCACCUGGACUAUGCACUGCAGGUGACCGAGAGCAUUGCCUUCCUGCACUGCUGUUUCACCCCUGUCCUCUACGCCUUCUCCAGUCGCCGCUUCCGCUGGUACCUGAAGGCUCUUCUGGCCACCGUGCUCAGAUGGCAGCGGACAUCUGGCCCUGCCCACGCCCCACAACCCAGCUGUUCCGAGAGCAGCAUGCUCACUGGCCAAGAAGAAAUGACCACUAUACAUGAACUUGGGGAGAGGCAGGCAGGGAGCUCCCCCAACAAGGGGGAGGCGGGGUAAAAUUAAGCCUCCACACUCUCUUGCCUGAAUUGCUGCAAGGGUUUCCCAACUCACCUCUGCUUCCUAUUAUUUUGCUCUGGUAUCACCUAGUCCGCACCCAGCAGCCAGAGUGCUCCCAUCACUCCCAUGUCCCUCAGAGCAGCCCAAGCUGCUCUCCUUCCCUGUAUCUGAGCUGGGAAUACACUGUCUAGGGACCACAUUUGCAGGCUCGAUGAUGGCUCCAGGAUCUGGCAGGCAGGAGGGGCGAAAUGUGUUCUGCCCAGAAAUAUUUGAAUCUGCAGGUGGGAGGCAGACUAAAUACAUAUGCUGGGAGGUCCCGGGGGAUAUUUCCCCUUCUGCCUGCCAUGCCUUCUCUCAGGAGCCAUUAGGGAUCCCUGGGACCUGCACCAUUAAGUCCAAAAUCUUGGUUUAACUUCAGCGGUGGGAUUUCCCAUGGUCCCAUUCCACCCUUACACUCCUCCACUGAACUCGCUUUUCAGUUCCUGGAUGCCAGAGACCCCGUGGUUUCUUCUGCACAUCCCCACUUCCCCGCUAGCUCUUGCUGGCUGCCUCUUGUAGCAGGUAUCGCUCUGUAGCCAGGCAUCCCUCACCCUUACUUUGUAGUCGAAUCCCACUCAUUCUGAGAAAUUACUGCUUGGUCCCUUGGCCCUGUGCUUUGGUGGAGGCUGGGGGGAGCACCGGACUUCAGUUAUCCUUGCACAGUGCUGCAUUCAGGGAUGGGCAGGUAACCCAGGCCGAGCUUGUGAAAAGUAGUGUGACUAGCACAUGCUAGAACAGAAGCAUGAAGCUGAAGCCAAGAAUAUCAACCCGAAAUUCAGUAGAUAACAGUUCAGUGAGUGGGAGGAGCCAGGAGGCAAUGUUGGACCCCAGAAUCAAGGCGGGCUGAGCUCCUCCUGAACUUGACAGUUAAAUGAACCAAUAAUGAUGUUUUGUUACUUGCAUUCUAAGGAUUUCUGACUGAUAUGCUCUGCCUGGAUGCUUCCCUUUCAUGUCUGCAGUGGCUGGCAUCCUCCCAGCCCACUGACACACCCUCUGAAAAAUCUUUGCCCAUGGAGCAUUUGUCCAACUGGACAUCUCUCCUUCCUGAGCUCCUGAAGUACUCACUGCUUUCUCCAACCUCACAGAACCACCUGGCACAAGCUGUCUUCAUCUUGCCAACAUCUCUCCCAUAAAACCUAGCACAGAAGCUGGCAGGAGGCAGUGUUCAGUGGAUGGAAGGACAGGUUGAGUGAAUGUAAGCUCCAGGAGAGCUGGGACCUUGCCGUAAAAUCUGCACCUCAUGCUUAAACCAGCGCACUGCCUGUCAUGGGUGCUCCCUUGAUGAUUUUGCUUUUGAGGGAGAGGCUGGACAGAGAACUGAGCAGGCAGCCAGCAUUCUGCCCACUCUGCCUUCUUUUCCUUCCUCUGAGCUCCACAUGGUCUAGCCACAGCCUCUGUGGUGAGGAGGGCCAUCCUGAUGUUGCCAGAGUUGCCCUCAGGGCUUUUUCACUCUGCCUUCCCCAGCCCUACCCCUCUCCCCAAGACCCCACACUCCCCAGUGUCAGGAAGGAGCAAACUGAUCUCCUGGGGAAUGAAGCUCUGGAUAUGAAGUUGAUGAUUGGUUUGAGGCCGUGAUGUCUUACUUUAAAG